AUGCAACAGGAAGUGGAAAAGCCCGCUCGGGGCCCUCAAUCUCAAUUCCAACAGGGUCACCAAGUCCCUAUUGAGCAUCAGAAGAAGCCUGGUCUACAGACUGAGAUGGCAGAUCCGAAGCCCACCUCAAGCAAGCUUCCAACCGAGGAUGGUGGGUAUCAAACCUACAAAGCGGCGGGGAAGCUUUUAGGGAAAAAUGCCAUAAUCACUGGUGGUGAUUCAGGAAUUGGUCGCGCAGUUGCUAUUCUAUUUGCCAUGGAAGGAGCCUCUUGCCUAAUCACGUAUCUUCCCGAGGAGGAAAAAGACGCGCAAGAGACGAAAAAACGAGUAGAGGAAAUUGGACAAAACUGUUAUUGCUACGCCACAGACAUUCGGGAUAAGAAUAAUUGCCAAGCAGUGGUCGACACAGCUCUUAAAACCUUGGGUGGUAUUGACAUCCUGGUUAAUAAUGCUGGGACUCAAACAAUGAUUGACGAUAUCAAAGAUUUAGAAGAGCAUGUGUCUCAAUGGGAAAGCACUUUUGACACCAACAUCCACCCUAUCUUCUAUCUUUCGAAAUAUGCAAUCCCUCAUCUGAAAAGCGGCUCGACUAUUAUCAACUGUGCAUCGGUUAAUCACUAUAUUGGUCGGCCUGAUCUACUCGACUACACGUCGACAAAGGGAGCAAUCGUUGCGUUCACCAGGGGUCUAUCUAACCAGCAAGUCAAAAAUGGCAUUCGAGUGAAUUGUGUGUGUCCUGGGCCAGUAUGGACACCUCUUAUUCCAGCAACCAUGAAUACCGCCGCCAAGGAGCAGUUCAGCGGCACACCGAUGGGUCGCCCAGGACAACCCAGUGAGGUUGCCACAUGCUUUGUUUUCCUUGCAAGCCAGGAUAGUAGCUUUAUCUCUGGGCAAAGUUUGCAUCCUAACGGGGGAGUAGUUGUCAACGGAUGA